GCAGCCCGGCCUAUGGGCGGCCCGCAGCGGUGCAGCGCCGCAGAGCCGGAGCCCCGCAGAGCUCGGCGGCCUUACCCGGCCCCGGUGAGCUGCAGCGCGCCCGGAGCCCGCCCGCGGAGGAGCCCGGACGCCUAGCAGGGAGAAAGCCUCUUACUUUCCGUCCCGCACGUGUCCCAUCCGCUGGCCCGGGGGACGCAGAGCGCAUAGCCCAGUGGUCACCAUGCAGCUCCGGAGCAGCCCCGUGUGUGGCCUGGCGGUGUACCCGGCGAGGUCCCUGCCCUGGGCACGGCCCGGGGCUGUCUUUAUGGCAGCAGCUUCAAGAACCAGAAAAAAGAGCUCUCAGGAUGCCAGAGCCAGCAAAGUCCACUUCUGCCCCUAAAAAGGGCUCCAAGAAAGCCGUGACAAAGACGCAGAAGAAGGGCGAUAAGAAGCGACACAAGAGCAGGAAAGAGAGCUACUCCAUCUACGUCUACAAGGUGCUAAAGCAGGUCCACCCCGACACCGGCAUCUCCUCCAAGGCCAUGGGCAUCAUGAACUCCUUUGUCAACGACAUCUUUGAGCGCAUCGCGGGUGAGGCCUCGCGCCUGGCGCACUACAACAAGCGCUCCACCAUCACCUCGCGGGAGAUCCAGACAGCCGUGCGCCUGCUGCUGCCCGGAGAGCUGGCCAAGCACGCCGUCUCCGAGGGCACCAAGGCCGUCACCAAGUACACCAGCUCCAAGUAGCCCGGCGCUUCUUCUCCGGUGGGCCCAUUGAGCACAGCACAGGUAGGCAGCUAUGGUUUGGAUGAAAGUCACAGCUAUUCUCCAUGGCGGUGGACAGACUUGGGAUGGGCGUUAGGAGCUGGCUAGUAGAAGAUGAGGCAGCGAACCGGAUGCUGGCUUCUUUUCAUUGUGAAUUCAGGAUGUGCUACGGGUUCUGCACGCUGCACAUCAGGCGACGCUGGUGGAGGAGGCCUCUGCUUUCACAUCUCAUCUGAAGGGACUGGCUGCAGCAUAUCCAAAUUCUCCUUUGUGCUUGAAAAACAUGCAUGUGUGGUGCUGGCCAUGAUGGCUGGCUGCUCCAGAGAUAUUGCCUCUGAAGUCUUCCUGUCUGCUUUCAUACAGUCGUCCAAGAUGGGCACCAAGAAGACUGCACUGCAUCCACUCUGUGAUAGUCAGGAUCCAUCCUGUUGUACAGCAAAACAGCCUACCUGUACAGGUGAAGCUGACAUCAGCCACAGCAACCACCAGGCACAGUCCAUAGACUAAAAUCUGUACUGAUCCAGCAGAGAUCUUGCUUGGCAAUGGUGUGCAAGGCCUCUGUUAAAGAUGCUGUGAUAAUGCCAUGUGCUGUCCCUCCUUGCUGCUCCUGAGGGAGGAGAAGCGAGCGGGCUGGUGGCACAGGCAUGUGUGGCCUUACCCACCAAGAUGCCAGAGCCACCAGCUGGCUCUCAGCUUGUGCCAAAGCAUCUGGACCAACAAGGGCAAUGGUGGAACCCGGUCAUUGCCUCCUCCAGCUGCUGCUUUGCCAAUUCUGAGACAUACUUCAGUGUGCAAGACAUUGCUAAUGCUGCUUCUUCUUGGAGACUUUUUUCUGCCUGUGUGCUCUCUUCUGCCGUGUUCACUGUAAGGAUGGACAAGUGGGUGCUGUCCAAGGGGCUGUGGGCAGCUCACCUUGCCCCUGCCUUCCCUGCUUCGCUCAUUUGCUGGCAAGCGAAACAAAGUCAGGGCUGGGUGAAUAGGUAGGGACUCUUAAAAUAUCACUGCAUCCCACUAGUAUUUCACAAAUUAAAUCAUUCCAAGCUACUUCAGAUAUUCCCCAUGACUUCUCAAGAUCUACAGUAAGGUGAGCAAUAAUAAAAUCCCCAUAAAGCCAUAGAUAUUAGUGGAGGAAUGUCUCAGUUACAAGUUUAGCAUGCCUGAACUGCUGGGUAACAGAUAAGGAGCAUGUGUAGAAAUGGUGUGAAGUUGAAGCUUCCUACUCAGAACACAAAAUUAGCCAACACUGAAAAAAGUCAAAAUUUCUGGUAGGCUUUAGCACUUUCAGAUCAAAAAGAUUCAUGCCUAAAUUGCUUUUUGCAAUUUAUUCUGUAAAUAAAAAGAGCAGCAAAGACACAGCAUCCAGAACUAAUGCAGGUGCUGUCCAAAAUUCAUUGCUGAUAACAGGACAAAUUCCUACCCCUAAAUAACAGACUUGUGGUACAUCUCUCGUUUUCCACUACUUUUUAUCUCCAUCUUU